AUGGCAGAAAAGAAAGAGAAAUUUGGAAGUUCUGUAGCAGCUGCAGGCAGUUCAAUGGAGGUCAUAGGGAUGGGGCCGAGAGACGAAGACGGAAGCAGCAGCAGUAGCAGUAGCAGUAGCAGUUUCCGCACAGCUGAGACUUUGCUGCGUCUGCUGCCAAUUGGUCCUUGUGUGGCGGCUCUUGUGGUGAUGCUUCAUGACUCCCAGACUAAUGACUUUGGCUCUAUUUCCUACUCCCACGUCGGAGCUUUCAGGUACUUGGUGAAUGCCAACGGCAUCUGUGCCGGAUACUCCCUUCUCACUGCUAUCAUUGCAGCCAAGCCUCGUUCCCCCACCAAGUCCCAAGCCUGGACUUUCUUCUUCCUAGAUCAUGUGCUGACGUACCUAAUUCUGGGUGCUGGAGCUGUGUCAAUGGAGGUGCUGUACUUGGCAUACAAGGGCGAUUCAGCCGUGAUAUGGAGCGCAGCUUGUGGGUCUUUUGGGGGAUUCUGUCACAAAGCCACAGCUUCUGUCGCCAUUACAUUUGUGGUGGUGGCUUGCUAUGCACUCAUUUCUCUCAUUUCCUCCUACAAGCUAUUCAGCAAGUAUGAUGCUCCUCACCCUGUGGCCAACCCCAUCAAAGGCAUUCCCACUGCCACCUUCCAUGCUUGA